GACACUCAUUACCUCAAACAUUUUUAAGGUUAGGAAUAAGAUUUUAUAAAAGAUUUAAAACUUUACAAGGAAGAUCCUCAAACAAUAAUUAAAAUGGAUUCACUUUCAACUGGUGCUCUAAGCGGUGUGCAAAAAGAGGAGUUAAUGGAUCAAGUGAAACAACAAAUCGCUAUCGCAAACGCCCAAGAACUACUGACGAAAAUGUCAGAGAAAUGUUUCAAGAAAUGCAUUAACAAACCAGGUACAUCGUUGGAUAAUUCAGAACAAAAAUGCAUAGCUAUGUGCAUGGACAGAUACAUGGAUUCUUGGAAUCUUGUGUCACGAACUUACAGCAGCCGUAUUCAGCGAGAAAGAAACAACAUGUGAAAAUUCGCAUUAUAAGUUUUAUGGCUAGACAGUUCUGUAAAUAUAGAAGUAGAUGCAGUGCAUUUCAAAUUGUGAGUUGUGGCAACUGUUAUUGUGUUGAAGAAAUAUAUGGUUUAAGUUA